AUGGAGGACAUCUACCCCCUGCGCGCGGCGUCGACGCUCCCGCGCUCGCGCGAGGCCGCGGGGAUCUUCCCCCCCGCGCUCUCCGCGGUCGCCUUCGACGCGGUCGAGGAGCUGCUCUACGCCGCGGGCGUCGACGGGCGCGUCACCGCGAUGCACGCGCCGAGCCUGGAGCGAUUCAGCGCCGUUCACGCGCACGGCGACGCGCACGGCGGCGCGCACGCGAUCUUGCCGCACCGCGACGGCGGCGUCGGCGGCUACGGCGGGGCAUUCGGCGGCGCGCACGUCUCGCUGUCCGCCGAGCGCGCGACGUUCCACUCGAGCGGCGGCGUGAUGCGAUGGGGCGUCGACGUCGCGGCGGACGACCCGACGAACGACCCGGUGACGUGCGGCGCGAUCGACGCGCCGCACGCACUCGGGAGCGCGGGGGGGAGGGCAUUCAUCGGAAGGGUGUCGCCGACGAUGACGACGAUCGACAUCGCGACCGGGAAGAUCAGCGCGACGGACGACGUCUCGGGCGCGAGGUGCGCGCGACGCGACCGAUCGAUCCAUUGA